AUGACCGCCUCCGGGCUCAGCAGCAGCGGCGGCAAGUCCUGGAACAGACCGAGUCCCCUGAGCGGAAACGCUGCGGCACCGCCCCUCGACGUCAACGCCCGCGACUGGCUCGGACGCACCGUCCUCCACCUCGCUGCCGCCGCCCAGGAUGCCGCCGCGACGGAGUACGUGCGCAUGCUGCUCGCCCACUCUGACAUCCAGAUCAACCUCACCGACGCCGAGAGCCAUUGGACCGCCCUCCACCGUGCGCUCUACCACGGCAACCUCUCCACGGCCAUUCUCCUCCUCCAGCGCCCGGACAUCGACGUCACCCUGCGCGACCUCGAGGGCUGCACCGCCUUCGACCUCUACAACUCUACGCUCGAGGGCACGAAGCCCGCGAGCGACGACACUAGCACGGCGGAUCUACUGACAUGGGGCGCGAACCGCAACGCGGCGCUCGGGCUGGGCAACGGCGACGACAGGGUGUACCCCGAACAGGUCGUCGUGCGCCCGCCGGAGGGAUCCGCGCCGUCGGAGAAGGAGACCGUCGACGCGCGGUUCGCGCCCAUCCGCGUGGGGCAGGUCGUCAUGUCGAAGCUUCACACAGCGGUGGUCACGUCCGAGCCGCGCGCGAACCUGCGCGUGUGCGGGUUUGGGAGCGGGGGCCGCUUGGGGCCCGGGCAGCACACGCAGUACGGCCUCGUCCCGCUGGCGCAGUUCAGCGGCACCGUCGGGUCGGUCGCGCUCGGCCAGGACCACACGCUUCUCGUGACCAAGUCUGGCGAAGUGUACAGCUGGGGCCUCAACAGGUUCUCGCAGUUGGGCUACGCAGUCGAGGCCGCCGACGGCGCCAGGGGACGUGCAGAGGAGCCGAUCCAGGUCACCGCGCGCAAGGUGGUGGGUCCUCUGAAGAACAAGGCGGUCUUGGGCGUCGCGGCAUGCAAGACCGCCUCGGCGUGCUGGACUGCCUGGGAGGUAUACACCUGGGGCACCAACAGUGGCCAACUGGGCUACGACAAGUCCGCGCACCCGGUCCAAAUCCUCCCGCGCGUCGUCACCAAAGUCUCGCAGCCCGUCGUCUCAGUGACCAUCAGCGACACGGCGAUGGCCUGCCUGCUGUCGACGCAAGACGUGAUCUGCCUGUGGCACGACGGGCACUUCAAGGUGAAUUUCCCCGUGCAGGCGUUCCCGUCCGAGAUUGCGGCGUACCGGCCGCCGCACUCGGUGAGCAACGCGAGCAUCGAGAAGAUCACGAGCUGCGAGGGCGCGUUCGCCGCGCUGUCCAGCAACGGCGAGCUCUUCACCUUCGCCGUCCCGCCGGCCCGGACGCCGGCGCGUGUCUGGGCCCUCAGGAAGAAGAUCACUGCUGUCAAGGACGUCGCGCUCGGUGCGGACGGCUCGCUCAUCAUCUGCACAGAGUCCGGCCACGUCUUCGUCCGCACCCGCGCCGCAAAGCCCGCGCACGGCGGCGCGGGCGGCGCGGUCAAGACGCACAAGUUCGCGCAGAUGCCGUAUCUCCAGCGCGUCGUGCGCGUCUGCGCGAACGUCACGGGCGCGUAUGGCGCGCUCAGGGUCGACUACGUCCCGCCGCCGGUGAAGCUCGCCGGGCGGCUGGUCGCGCAGGACAUGGCGGAGGUGCAGCCGUGGCUCACGUUCGAGCCACCCGUGCAGGAGGCGAGUAUCGGCGCGUCUUCACCGACUGACGCGGAUGUAGAGGAGGAAGUCGCCGACGACGAGGGCGGGGACAUCGCCAUCCAGAAGGACAUCAAGCACAUUCGGACCUUGCUCAGCCUGCUCGAGGCACUCAAGGCAGCGCACGCCUCUGGCGCCGCACGCAGCCCCUUCGAGGGCCACAUCCUCGUCCAGGUGCACUCGUACGAGGUCCCAGCCCACCGCCCGUCCUUCUCUAUGACAUAUCUGUACUCGGACGACGUCCCCGCGCUGUGGGACCCCCGCGUCGGGCUCGCGCUCUCCGGCGCCGUCCCCGCGCUCGGGGUGCGCCUCGCGCAGGUGAAGCAGGAGCUCCAGGCGCUCGCGCGCGUGCUCGAGCUCCCCGCGCUCUCCACGUCGCUCGAGGCACCCGUCAAGCGCGUGCCCAGGCCGACGAUGGGCGCGGACCUCAGCCGGCUCUUCGCCGCGAGCCAGCGCAGCGGAGGGCGCGCGCCGGGUGCGGACGCACGCGGUGGUGCUGCGCGCGCGGUCGCCGUUUUCGCGGCGUUCUUUGACGAGGAGGAGUGGACGCGGAAGCGGUGGACGCCGGAGGGGACGGUCGUGCUGGAUUUGGGGCAUCUGCGGUGGAGGGAGAUGGAGGUGGUGUGCCGAUAUAUGUGCUGUGGAGGGGAUGCGGAGAUGUUUGAUGUGAUAGAACAUGUUGGGUCGGUGGAUGAGCUGGUGGAUUUCAUGUUCAACGUUAUGGCUGCGGCGAGUCGGCUUGUAGAACGAGCUGCACAUCGACCGAUUGAUGCUCCUCUGCUCGCAAGUCAUCUCAAGCGUGUCAACAUCAUGAACGUCUGCUCCGUCCUCUCGGAUGCUUCUUUCUACCACGCGCUGCCUCUUGUCGACUCGCUCCACUCCUACAUGGCUGCCAACGUGGAAACACUGCUCGAGAGCCACAUGCUCGACGACCUCCCGGCGCACCUGAUCAAGCAGCUCGCCGUCUUCGUGCGCCAGCAGCAAGCGCACAAGUACCCCGUCUCGCGUUCCACGCGCCUGGUCGACCGCGCGAUGCAGGCGCACGGGGCGUGGCUCGCGCUGCAGGACAUCCCGCAGCCGGUCGUGCCCACGUUCAAGAUGGGUGCGUUCAGAGACUCCCGCGGCUCUCGCCGCCCGGCCGACCCUGUUGUGCGGCCCGUACUCGCGCCGCCGCCGCCCGCGCAGAGCUUGCCUGCGGACGAUGAGGUGUUCGUGAUGGACGAUGCGGGACCAUCGGCGCCGAUUCAGCCGAGCUCCUCUGUACCUGAGGUUGCUGCAGGCGGAUGGCGUGCCAUUUCGACUGCGCCCAGGGUCGACAUGAGGGCUAUCAUGGCAGAGGCGGAGAUCAGUUCCUCAGCGAAGCGGACUCCCAUCCCAGGGCCCAUUGCUCGCAAGUCAAGCGCCGAAGCCCCCACUUCCUUCCGCGGCACACCCCCCAAGGCUGCCAGCUUCCCCGCCUUGCCGCGUGCGACGUCUGAUUCGCCGUGGAGGAUGCCUGUCACCCCUACAAGGCCGCCCGUGGGCUUGCCGUCGACACCUAGCAGCAGCGGUCGUGCGGAUCAGUCGACCGCACCCAGACCAGCCGCGACGGCGCCCAGUACACAGCCUCCUACGCCGACCAAGAAGCCUGCAGGACCGGCCGGCAUGGGUCCUAUCAUCACGCCCUCCAAGAAGGCGGCACCACCCAAGGACUCUCCCGGGAGCAUACGUCGCGUGUCAAGCGGCAGCGUGUGGACCCCCCCUCCCGUGCAGCCUAUCGUGCAGUCCUCGACUACCACCGGCAUGUCGUUCGUCGCCAUCCAGGAGCUCCAGCGCGAACAGGCCCGCGAGCCCGCGAAGGACAAGCGGUCGCUCCUCCAGAUACAAGAGGAGGAGCAGGCGCGGCAGGCGGAGGAAGACUUCCUGAGGUGGUGGAGCGCUGAGGAGGCACGGCUGAAGGCUGAGGAACAGGGUGACCGCGAGACUCAAGGUCAAGGAAAGAAGCCUCGCAGGAGCCGGCCUGCGAAAGGCAGUGCUGCUCCGGACUCCACGUCUCAGUAG